AUGGCCUCCUGUUCCGAGCCGUCCCGCAAGUGGAUGUACUUGAUCAACCACGUCUUUCUACCUCCCAAACUUCCCCAAGAAGACGACACGAGCGGGCCUUUCGAAGAGAACCUCAUCCGCGAAGUUCUUGCGGCCUUGAAUGACUUCAGAGGUACCCUCACCGACGCUCCGGCCGACCACGUCGCCGCCCUCAACGCCGUCGCAGACGCCAUCACGAAUCUCCGAGGCGUACACAACUUUUCCAUUCCGGGAGAAGACAUCACCGUCAAUGGCGAAGCGCUGCAGAGAGAACUGAGUCUCCUCUGCAAAGCAGAUGCCAUGCACACGAUUCCUCUCAAGGUCGCUGUCCAAAAUGCAGGUCUCCUCGUCUACCGCCGCGCCGACAUCGCCUACUUCGAAUCCUUCGAACUCUCUGCCCAAGCCCACUCAGUGACGGGUACUCUCGGUCGUCUUGUCUGCGCCUUCCCCGGAGUCGCCAUCGCCAUCCCCGUCGAUAAGCUCCAGCCGAGCUUCAUCGCCACUUUGUCGCAGACAGUCGAUCGAAUGAGCGGCCAGGUAGCUCCCGGUACACAACCGACGAGCUACAAGGGAGGACGAUCGCACGAUGAGUUCCGCGAUACGGCCCACCCGAAAAUGGUCACCGAGCUCUUGACGGCCUUCGCGCUCCCACUCGGCCACCCCGCCAAGGUGACCGGCAUCACGAAACAUGUCCGCGACGAAGUGCUGUGGGAUAGUUGCAAGUCACCCUGGCGCAGGUCUCCCAUGUGGACGCUUAUCCGCGUGUCCAUCCAGCUCGUCCUCCUGCGUUCUGGGCUGGACGCCCUGGAAGCCUCCGUCGUUUACAAGCAUUUCAUGGUUUACUUCAUGGCUCACGCUCUUAGAAAGACCGCCCUGCUACUGAAGAACGACCUGAGCUGCCUCGAAUGGUGCGACCUCGUUUACGUCAUGAAAGCCAAAAUCUCCCGUCGCCUACUGAAGAUCGAGAAAAUCCGCUAUCGCUCGACCGAACAAAAAGUACAAAAGGAAAUGAUCUUCGCCGACAAGCUCCUCCGAGGUACCUGGGAUGCCGUCCAAAAGUCCAGGGCUGACAAGUCCCGAGUGGAUGUCGCGUCCCUCCGACACCUCGACUUCAAGAAGGACACCUUUGCGAGCCUCCCGCAGCUGGACGACUUCAUCGACAGCAUCUCGAACCGAGAGUCGCAGACAGUGAGCGCCGUCUUUAACCCAGUCUGUCCUCUCCCGGAGAUAAACCAAUUUACCCAUUGGCACGAGCCCGUGUCUGAUGGUGCCACCUUUCAGGCUGCCUGGCUGGACAAUUUGCUCGGGUCGCGUCUUUCCGAAUGGCUUGAACCGAAGCUGAGACGCGAGGCGCUGGAUUACACUGAGACCUUCAAGGCCCUCUGGAGAGUCAUGAGCGGGUACAAAACCAUGGUUUCCUCCAGAGCCUCAGACAAUCCUGAGGCAAUGUCCAUGAUGAUCCUGGGUGUGCUCGAGCUCUGGGCAGCCUGCGAUAAACUUGCGUGUCACACGUGCCCGCUCUUGUCAGAGUACGAUCCAGUCAUUGACGCGGAAUAUCUCCAAGGCUUGCUUCUCUCCACCAAGCAGCAGAUGGAAAGACUCGCGGCUGUCGAAAAGUACAUCACCUCGCGCAAGGAGAGAGGAAAACUGAGCGGCAUCCUGACGUCGUUUGGCAAGCCGCAGACGUUUGCUGUGAGAUAUUUCAAGAAAUCCCCGACCCACAAAAGCCUGUGUGAGUGCAUCGAAGCGGCGGCCAGAAGAGAGAGAGAGGACAGGGCGCGAGAGUUCCAGCGCACCAAGCAACAGUACAAUACUCUCAUCAACCAGUACAAUUCAGCAGAUUGCGAUGUCGAAUGCGACAAAGAUGGCGAUCAACAGCGUCCCCGCAACUGCAGGAGAUGCAAGACAAGGAACAGAGCGAAAGGCUUGUCGAUCUUGAUUCACGAGUGGCCGUUGCCCGAGCUCGAGACUGAGAAGAUGAAUGUCGUCUUCGAGUUGGACGUCCCCGCCUGGUUCUCCGUCUGGCGCCAGGCUACCAGCUUUGUCCUCUUCGAUAUCUUUCAGAAAGCGUACGAGCAUGAAAGCCGCCGCGAGGCGCACUCGAAAUUUGCCCUCAGUGCCGACAUCCAUUUGCGUUCUUACUAUCGCGACAUCGGGGGUGCUUUCACUCCGCGCAUCGGCCUGUUGUCCGGAAUCAAGGCCCAUUCAAAGUCUCAUUAUAAACCGAAGCCCAUCUCCACCGUCAGCAGACCGGAUGAGCUCUACUAUACCAACGGUUUGCGCUACCAGUAUUACGACGAGUCCAGAGAAUGUUUCGUUGGCACGUUGUCGCGCACAAAGGGAAUAGAUGUGUUCACGAACGCCAUCACCUAUGCUCUUCCCAGGGAGUUAGCCUCAAUGCAACAGUUUCUUUACCGACCCUGUACUUCCCCCGACGGCCCCUCGCCCAACUUGGUUAUCGCCACGCAAUCCGAUUGCCCUGACCAUCUGUCCCUCACAGAAUACAAGGCACUGUGUACCAUUCCCCACGGUCACAGGAUCCAGUGGCAAAACAUCCUGCUGCAAGUCACGGCCCCCAACGUCGACUUUAAGCGAGUCGAGACGACCUUGACCGUACUGCAGUGCAUUUACCAGGCCGGACCGCGUCAGGGCGGCUUGUGGCACCGCGCGGCGCACGAGGUUCCGGCGAUGGCGGAGUCGUUCGGCGAGCGGAUGAUGGAGGGCUUGCGGGCUGCGACGAACAGGAUCCGAGACAAUUGGCAGUGCGUCAACGCGCUGGCCACGUAUAUUGCCGUGGCACGGCGGAUUCUGUCGCUGACGGACUCCGAACUCAUCAGGCGAGACGUGCUCAAAUAUCUUUCGGAAGCCCGGAGUGUUGGGCUAGGCUGGAUCAAGUCGCUCAAAACUCGUGCCGACGAUACGACGGACGAUGGAGAGAAGACACAACUCCGAGGGAGGAUCGCGUACGCAGCGUUGGUGUGCGUUGACACGUGCAAUGUCGAAGGUGAUGUUCUUCGCAUUAUUCUAGAAUCCAAUGCCGAUACUGCUGCCGUUGACUUCAUCGAAUGUUGCAUCACAAUCAACGAGUGUUAUGCCCCCGGCUCCUCUUCUGGCCAGAGCGCCUUGUCAUCGAUCCUUUACUGGAGAUGGCAGAUUCUUUGCACUCGAGCGUGUCCAAUCCUAGCCAACCUCAUUGUGGAUUAUGGUAACGAUGGCCUGAGCAUCGCAGUGAAGCGCUCCUGGGUCUCGUACAACGCAUCGCCAGGAGGCUGGAACAGAUGCUCAAUACCUGGGUGCUCCCAUUCUGGAAUGUCGUGGCUUACGACCAAGAGUAUAUCUCCGAGUGGCCGCAAACCUCUUGAUGUCCACUAUUGUGUCGUAACCGGCGAACUCCGCGUCAACGGUGUUCCAUUGAACCGCCUCCCCGCCGAGUACGAGAGGAACCCAACGUACAAGAGGUUGUUUGGGAAUUGCGUGCUGGAGGUGAUGCCCGCCGACGUACCAGGGAUGAUUUUCUCUGGCAAGAAACUUUUCGCGGGGCACGAGGUUCAUUUCGGUCGUGUAGAAGACGCCGCAAAGGGUCAAGAAUUGCUGGUGAGAGCCGUACGCGACGGCAGGGACCGGGACUUGGUGCAUCUCGAGCUUCUGCAAGGCUUGCCUGAAGCGUUCACGAGGGACUAUGUUCACUGGUACGACGUCGGCUCUAACACGGUCGAGUUCUGCCCUCUGAGCAGUCCGUGGAGGUCUUCGGAGAAUAACUGGAAGCUCAGCUAUGCGGAGGACGAUGUGUGGCAGCUUACUCAGGGAGAAGACAGGGUCUUGGUCGCGCCGAAGCUUCUCCAUCCUGAAAGUCAGACUGCAAGCCGCCUUGCACGGGUAUUUUCACCCCUUGUUAAGCCGGGCAGACUUCAUUUGAUUUACCGUCCAUCGCUCUCGGUCCUAGAUAUCGAGAUACCGACGCUGAAACUGGCAUUCCACCUGCACAAGGGCCGGUCAGAGAUCACGUCUCACCAGUUCCGCGGAAUGACUGUCGAUCGCGAGCAGGAAAUCGGAACCCUUUUCGGUCUUGACAACAAGCUCGUCCUGAAAGCAAGUUCGGACGACACAUACCGAAAAGUGAUCAUCCUCGAAGGGCCAGUGCGUUGCUUCCAGUCGGAUCCCCACAUGCGAGUCCACUUCAACACAGAUGAUGCUGUCCGAGUCCACGCCUACGACGUUGACACUCGACUUGGCAGACUCGUUGACAACGGAAGUCUCGAGAGUAAGCUUCUCAUUUGUCACCUUCAUGCCCUCACGUCGUUCUGCCUACCCGAUCCCCUGACGCAACGAACCGGUACCGAGCUGGCCCUGGACAUUCUCAAUUCCGCGGCCGUGAAAUCGUUCGCCGUCUUGACUCCGGAGAACACAGAAGCCCUUUCUCGGAUCGCGAGACUUACGCCCUGGAGAACUUAUUAUCCCAAAGAAAAAACGGUGAUGCAAACCGUGGGGUGGUCAUCCAGUCUCGGAUUCCUUUCGCAGCACCACUCGUUCCUAGAAGCCGUGACCUCCCUCUUCAGCGCGGCGGCGGACAGAGCCUUCUUUUACGAAGACCAGUACCAGGAGCCCCCCGAAUUCGAACGGCAUAACCGUGAUCUUAUUCUCCGUGACUCCAUCCGAGCCUCUACAUUCAGAGUUGCCGAAUACGGUGCCGAGGCGCAUACCACGGAGCAUGACCGCGUCUACUAUUCCAGGGAUGUAGGCCAGACCUCCGACGAGAUUAAACGGGCGUUUACCAUGGCCGACUACAUCUACCACCGUCGAACGGAGCUCCCGUAUGACCUACCUCUCGACGUCGUCAGCAGCGUUUGGAACUUUUUGUCGAGAGCUAGUAAGGUAUAUGGUCUCGGAUACCGUCUGGACCUCGAGACAGGUGGUGAUAAACCCGAGUACGAUGCAAGCUGGCUACUGGAGGGCACCGAUCCAAAAAUCGUUAGUCGUAGUUUCAUUCUCUACCAUGAAGCAAUCAGCCUCGGCGCGUCGUCAGACAUUGGCCGCUUCGACUUAAUGAUGUGGCUCUCGACCAUGGCAUUCUCGCGAGAGGCCAACAUGACCGUCAUCCAAGUCCUGGCCGCAAUGGCCAACGUCUCGAAAAUGGCCUCCGUGAAUCCGCCCACGGCUGAUCAAUUCCAACCAUCGUGCGGAACCCGCUUUGGCCGGGACGCACUCUUGUCAAGACUCCGGGCCGAUGAAUUUUAUCACUACUGGUCCGACUGCCCGGAGUACAUCCAGUCGAGGAACUUGACUCAGAUCCAGCGAAAUGAGGCUCGCGAGCGGUAUGCCGCCACCCGCAGCAGGGCUAUGAAGAAUCUGGUCGAACGCGCCGAGGAGCAAUGGCCUUGCAAAGCGCCGGAUCUUGCCUUCCAUCGGAGCAGCGGGGAGUGGGCAACGUAUGUGAAGUCGUCCGUGGCCGUUCCAGUCAUACAGGAGCAUACGAAGAUCCGAUACAACAAUAUUUUGUUGUGGGAUUAUCUCGUGGAAUUGGUUGAUCAGCUACCUUCGGUUUCCCCUCCGAAAGAAAACCCGCUAUCUGACGCCAAGGGCUCGGUGUUGGCAUCGGAGAUUCUCCCCAUUCAGGGCCACAGGCAGCGGUACGUCAGUAAGGCUGAUGUCUUUCUCUGUCCGCCACCCGACCUGGAGAAGCUUGUCACUCCAAAGAUUGAUCUCGUUUGUCCACCUCCGCCUCCCCCGGCCUUGAUUCUGUCAUCGAAAGCUGGGCAGCAGUCUGAUUUGCUUCGAGAUAUGAUCGAGAAGCUCGGCCUUAUGGCCAGCGCCGCCUUCGAGAAGGACUACAUCCGGAGUCUCCGCCAGAGUGCCGAGUCCCUUGCACUGGGAGCACACGGCAACUUGGUCCUCCAGCAGAGAGCGCCGGAGCUGCUGAACAUUUACCAUACGCAUUUUAAGCACCGGGCCGAGGGGAUUUACUCGGCCAUUGUCGGCGCGCUCUACAAACACAUGGCAACCUUCUUGCCCUUCACUUCUUCUUCUCCUUCCGGCGAAGUCCGUGUUGGCGACGCCGAUGGAUGCUUCGCCACACACUGGCCAAGACUUUCGCCGUCGUUCCUGCUCCAGUGCAUCGGAAGAAAUAAAUGGAAGCGACUCCCACCCGGCUGGAAAGAAUGCAUCGUCAAGUACGCUGUCUCUCUUGCCGACGUGCAACGUGCCGAACGCAUGCUCGCGGCAGAUCAUCGAGGCGACCUAGGCGCCAUGUCCAGGGAGCUCCAGAAUGUCGGCCACAAGAACUGGAACCCGCUGGAUUACCCGGACUCUCUCCUCUUGGAGGUGGAGAGCUCCAUCACGAUCCGAGACGUUCAGGAGGAGAUUGCCGCGCAGAUGAGGACGCCCCCAGAGUCUGAGAAUGCUGUGAUGCAGUUGAACAUGGGCGAGGGCAAGUCUUCGGUCAUCGUGCCCAUCGUGGCAGCUGCUCUUGCCGACGGGGAGAAACUCGUGCGGGUUCUCGUUGCCAAGCCCCAGUCGAAACAGAUGCUGCAAAUGCUGACGUCGAAGAUGGGAGGCCUGCUCGACCGCGUCGUGUUCCAAAUGCCGUUUUCUCGCGCGCUCAAGGUGGGAAGGGCGGAGGCGCAGGCGAUCCAGCGCAUGCUGGAGCAGUGCCGAGAUAUGGGAGGUGUGUUGCUCGUGCAGCCGGAACAUAUCUUGUCCUUCCAGCAGAUGGGGACGGAGUAUCCCAUGAUUCCGGAGAACUUGGCGGUCGGGCGGAUGUUGAAUGAGACGCGGCACUUUCUGUUUAACAAUGCGCGAGACAUUGUUGAUGAGAGCGAUGAGAAUUUUAGCGUCAAGUUCGAACUGGUCUACACUAUUGGCAAUCAACAACCCGUUGACCACAGCCCGUACAGAUGGCAGAUCAUCCAGGAGGUGCUCGACAUUAUCCGCGAUAUUGCACCAAAGGUUCAAGAGCAGUUCCCAGACUCGAUUGAGAUUCACGACGCGUCUGCGCACCCGGGAAGUUUCCCGAGGACCAGGAUCCUAAAGAGGGAAGCGACGCAAAAAUUGGUCGACAAGCUCGCCGAUCGCAUCUGCGACAAUGGCCUGACGGGAUUCCCCAUCUCCAGGCAACCACCGGCAGUUCGCGAGGCGGUACGGACCUACAUCACCAAGCCCGAGCUCACCGAGGACGAAAUCAACCUAGUCCAGCGAGAAGGACCAUCGGGGUUCUGGACGGAUGCCAUCAGGCCAACCUUGGUCCUUCUUCGCGGACUGAUGGCUUGCCACGUGCUGAAAUUCGCCCUGACACAGAAGAGGUGGAGGGUCAAUUACGGCCUCGCCCCAAACAGAAAGCCGCCAACGCGCCUCGCAGUGCCCUACCUCGCCAAGGACCAGCCCAGCGCCCGCUCAGAGUUUAGCCAUCCGGACGUCAUUAUCAUUCUCUCCUGUUUGACGUACUACUACUCUGGGCUGUCCGAUGACGAUUUAUUCCUGGCGUUUGAGACUCUGUUGAAGUCAGACCAGGCGGAGGUGGAGUACGACUUGUGGGUGCGGGACAAUACGAAAAUGCCGGACAAGUUCAAGACCCUCGGGGGCAUCAACAUCGAGGACAAGCACCAGUGCAUACACGACGUGUUUCCCCAACUCCGGUUCUCAAAGGGCGUCGUCGAUUAUUUCCUGAGCCACAUUGUCUAUCCUAAGGAGAUGAAGGAAUUUCCUUCCAAGCUGUCCGCAUCUGGAUGGGAUCUCGGCGAGAAGAAGGUGCACCCGACGACUGGGUUCAGCGGCACCAACGACUCGCGAAGGCUUUUGCCCCUGGGUAUGGAGCAGCUCGAUUUGGAGCAGCAGAAGCACACUAAUGCGCUGGUCAUGAGUUACUUGCUCCAGCCCGAGACGGCUGUGACGGAUAUUCCUCCUAGGUCGUCGAAGCUGUCCAGCGACGCGGAUGUCCUCUUGGAUCUCGUUGUCGGACUUAAUCCUUCCGUCCGGGUCAUCCUGGACGUCGGAGCCCAAGUUUUGGAACUGAGUAACUUGGAGGUAGCAGAGCAAUGGCUGCAGAGGCUUGAGGACGACCAUACGCAGGCCGUUGUAUUCUUCGACAACAACGACGAGUUGAGCGUCCUGGAUCGCAGAUGUAUGAGGAUGAGGAAAUUGGGCCACGGACAAUCGGUAGUAUUCUGCGUCCCCCGAGAGAUUCGCACCAAAAUUAAUGAGCUGUUCCCCGACCGAAGCCACGGCAGCGAUAUCACGGUAUCUGACAUUCUGCUUUGGUCGAUUCGAGAGACUUGGAGUAGUCUCCAACGCGGAGUUCAAUUAUGGGCCAAGCAAGGAUGGCGCCACCGGAAACACCAACUCCUCUGGGCAAAAUUCACCCAAGGAAAGCACGCCUUGGAGCCCGACCAGGCAAAGGAGUUCCUCGAGGAUGAAGCGCAGACGAUCCUGCAACGAUACGGCCCGGGCGCCGAGCAAGACGAGUCGGGCAACCCAGGAUCCACCCUUAACGGCGAGUCUGACUCAAUCGUGGACAGGCUUCGGGACUUUGGGGCGGGAAAGCUCGACGGGGCAGCGCUUAGCGAGGAGCAGGAGAGAGAACUCCAGCCUGAGAGCGAAAAGGAACGCGAGCAGGAACGUCCGCCGGCGACGGUACCGGCAGCACACAAGAUGCACCCGGACGUCGUCCGUUUCGUGGAGAAUGGAACCAUUACGACUUCUCAGGGUUACAAACCGGCUUUUUCGUCCCUGCGGCUGACGAACGCUGGGAAAGGAUUUCCGCUUUCCAGCUUUGAAAGGAAGGAUGCUGAAUUUAGUCUGCUGGUCUCUGAGGAUUUCACUCAGACGGUCAAGAUUCCGGUCGGCAGCGGCGCGGCUCUUGAUUCAUUCUUGAGAUCUGUGCAGUGGGUUCUUGUCAGCCAACAGCAUGAGGGGAAGACGGUGAUGAUGAUCAUCAGCCCGUUCGAGGCCAACUCGCUAUUUCCAACGGUUUCCGUCUCUCAUACCACGAGCCUGCACAUCUACAGUCCCCGGGUCAACCCGGCGUUCCCCUCCCUCGACGACCUCCAGCUCUUCAUCUCCCCGCCGCAUCUCAACCACAAAAUGGCGUUUCCCCUACCCCUGACUGUCAGCCUAAACCUCUUCUCGGGACAGCUUUAUUUUAGCGAUUUCGAAAUGUACAUCGCCGCCUGCAGGUUCCUCGGGCUCUCAUGGGAAAAAGCCAAGGACGGCGAGGUCGUGGACUCGGACGGGUUCAUCCUGCGGGAUGUCGAGGGACGCGUUGGAGGGGAAUCUGGGUUUUCGAGGAGUCCGGUUAGGUUUAUGCGGGAUUUGAUGACGAUUAGACGGGAUUGCCAGGCGAUUGAGAGGACGCAUGUUGGGGAUAUGUUGGACAAUCGGCCGUUGUCUAAGGGUAGUUUCGAGUGA